AUGGCGUAUAAAUUGAGAGACAGGAAGCAAAAGAGAAUUUACGUGAGCUCAAGCAGCUCCGAAAGUGACUCGAGCCUUUCUGAUCCCGACUAUUCAAGAACAAGGCCUCGAAGACAACCUCAACGAAACAACAAUAAUCCGUGUGCUCCAAAAGAAACCACAGAUGUCGAAAUGGUGGAAGCGGGAAAAAGUCGUCGGAGAAGAAAACGAGCUCCUUAUUCGUUUAAGAAAAGCACUAGACCAUCUGCGAAUAAGACGGCCGGCAUACAACCUAAGAUGAGAAGAACAAUCCUGUCAAGGUUGAUAGAGAUGGAGAUGAUUGAGGAAAAUGCAGAAGUGUGGUACAUGGAUGAAACCCGCAGAAGAAUACUGCUGAAGGGAAUGAUUACAAGGGGUGGGAUUUUCUGCCAUUGUUGUAAGAAGGAGAUUACAGUGUGGGAGUUUGAAGUUCAUGCUGAGUGUGAUGAUCUGCAAAGGCCAUAUGCAAACAUUUUCCUCGCCAGGAAACGUGUUUCUCUGCUGGAAUGCCAACUCUUGGGAUCACAACAUUAUGGAUUCAACAAGAUUGAGCCUAAAGAGAAUGCUGUCGACAAAAAUGAUGAUGCUUGUAUGAUCUGCGCAGAUGGAGGCGACUUGAUAUGUUGUGAUAAUUGUCCUUCAACUUUUCAUACAGAUUGUAUGCAUAUGGAGACUAUUCCGCAAGAUGAUUGGCUAUGCCCUUACUGUGUCUGCAAACACUGUGGUCUUGCCGGCUAUGGUGCUGAUGAAUUAUUCACAUGCUCUCAAUGUCAGAAGAAAUAUCACUGGGCAUGUUAUCUUGAAGAAGACUUGGAUCUUAAUACUCCAGUGACUCCUGUCAACUCCUUUUGUGGGCAGAGCUGCAGGGAGAUUUAUGAGCACUUGGAGAGAAUGUUGGGAGUCAGAAACGAGGUAGAUGGAGGAUUGACUUGGUCUUUAAUCCGCCAAACAGACCUGGAGUCAGCUGCACCUAUCAAUAAUUUGCAUCAGAUUGUUGAAUGUAACUGCAAGAUUGCUCUUGUAUGGGGAAUGUUGGAUCAAUCUUUCGUUACAACCAUAGACCGCCACACCAGCAUAAACGUGAUUCAUAGUGUCAUUUACAAUCGAGGAUCAAAUUUGAAUAGGAUAAACUUUAAUGGUUUUUAUACGGCUAUUCUUGAGAAGGAUGAUGAGAUAAUCUCCGCAGCAUGUCUGAGAAUACAUGGGAAGAAGAUUGCAGAGAUGCCCUUUGUUGCAACCAAUGAAAACUAUAGGCAUAAAGGGAUGUGGAGAAAGCUUCUGGCUGCAAUUGAAUCUGUAAGUUGA